UGGCAAAAACACUAUACACAACACACACACACAUACACUGUAUAUAUAUGUAUAACAGUAUAACACAUAUAGAGUAGUGUUUAUGUGUUAGCCGUGAAUAUCAUAUCAUAUAUCUCUUGCGUGUGAAACAAAAUAUAGCGGCCAUCGGGUCCGCGGCCACACACACACAAUGUCCACCAAUUCAUAUAAAGUCUCAGCCGCUUCAGCCGCCGCUGCCGGUCACCGAAUCGCUGGCUUCAAUCGUCUAAUACUUUGGUAUCUAUUGAUCAUAAUUCACGCCUCAAAAGCGGCCACACAUUGGGUGGUCACCGAAGACGGCAAACUACAGACACAGGACGAUUCGGUCUAUCAAUUGCGUCGACCGUACGAUUUGAUGUCACUUUUGCAUCAGGAAAGACGGGCCGAUAUGUUGGCCACUAUUAAGAACCAAUUGAUUGCCCAGAAAGAAGAGAUCGAGUCGGACACCAAUACAAGUAGCGAUGAUACCGAGGAUGAUGUGGAACAGUUGGUCUACUCGACCAAUACUAACUGUGCCGAAGCUGGCAAACCUCUAACACAGUUUGAUCUCUAUAUCGGUUCAAUGCUUUUUUACGUACCCAACGAUGAUAAUGUAGUCAACUAUUGUAUAGUGGCCGUCGAUUCGCGGCCCGAAAAACAUGAGCCCAACUGUAGUCAAAUAAUGCCAAUGGAUUUUAGUAUGUCAUCAUUUGAACAUUUGCCGUCUAUACGGGACAGGAAGUCAUUGGUUAUUGAGCCUGAGUAUGAUAUUCAUACAACUAUUACCAAUUUGGAUGAUAUUGAAGAUUAUGGCGACGCUGUCUAUGAAGCACUUAAACAGAACACAAGCUCAUGGCUAUUAUAUACGAUGGCCUCUUUCUAUUGGCGGGCCGUCGGCAAUGCGGCCGAGUCUGUCGAUUGUUUGAGACGGGCAAUACAUUUGACGCCCUAUCAGUACCGACACAUACCGUUGGUAUCGUUAGGCAAUGUUUUGCAUCGAAGCAAAAGUUCCGAAGAGGCGGCCAUUGUUAUACACGCAGCCAUUGAUGUGGCACCCGAUACCACAAUAUCGCACUAUACACUCGGCAAUAUAUACGCCGUAAUGGCCGACUAUAACAAGUCGAUCAUCUGUUUCGAUAAUGUUCUCAAAUUGGAUCCGGACUUCGAAGAGGCCAAACUCCGCAAAUAUGCCGUCCUUUGCCAUAAUAAAGUGGAAAAGGCAUUGAAAGCCCAACACGAUACUCUUCAAAAAACAUUGGAAGAGCUACAGGGCUAUCAAAAACAACAGGAACUUUGGCUACAAUAUCAGCAAAAGUUAUUAUCGGAACAGGCACCGCCCGGCACUAUACUGGAACAGAGAUUACACUAUCGGGAAUAUAAGAUCAGGGAGAUUAUAGACCAAUCUAAUAGGGGAGUAAUCGGUAAUAAUAAAAACGGCGCCGGCGGACAAGUAUUGCACGCCAACGGUGGUAGUGGCGGCGGCGGUAGUGGUGCCAGUAUUACUGGUAACAGUGUCGCAGCGUCGGUCAACUCGAACUCGUUAGCUGAGAGCGCGGCCGCAGCGGCUGCCGCUUGUCUGACAGUCGAAUCGUCUACCGGCGCCCAAAAAGGUAAUACAGCCGACUGUCAUAUGGUUCCCAUACUUAUACCGAUAACUUUUGUGCCGCCCUCUUGAUAUAUAGUCUAUUAUGAUACACACACACACAUACAGUCGAGUAAUGUCCCUGUAAUCAACAUAUACCCCAAAUAACUUAUUAUUAUUAUUAUUGAUAAUUAUUAACUUAACUAAUUAUAAUUAUUAU